AAUGUACUGAUUGACAUAUGUCAUUAUAAGUCACUUUAUAUUCCAAUCCGUCUUUUAAUCAAUUGUCUCUAAACAGUGUUUAUAGUAGACAAGUGUAGGAACUGGAAAGUAUUAUUUACAUACAUACAUCGAGAUGGCUAGAGGUGGAAUGCGUGGUCGAGGCGGCAUGAAUCGAAGCGUCGGUGGACGUCCUCCAUUUAAAGUAAAGAUGUUUUUGCCUAGACAUCCCUUCGAUUUGGCCCUUUGUGAAUCAUCAUUUCCCCGUACGAAAGCAGCCCCUGACGACUCGGCGUUUACACAAGCUCUCUUGAAGCGAAAUGCAGAUUUAUCUCCUACACCUCAUGAACAAACCGCUAUUUUAAAUCUUGUCACCAAAAUUCAAACAGUUUUGGACAACUUGGUUGUGGCACCUGGAAAUUUCGAUGCUUGUCAACUUGAUGAAGUUCGACAAGUGGGUUCUUUUAAGAAGGGAACCAUGCUUGCUGGUCACAACAUUGCAGACAUAGUUGUUAUUCUCAAAACACUUCCAACUAGAGAAGCGGUAGAAGCAUUGGGUAACAAAGUACGUGAUGAUCUUCGUAAUCUUAUGAAAAAUGAAAUUGUUCAAAAGGGAGAACAGCUUCAACACACUACGAAUGAAAGGGGAAUCGAAAUCAGCAAUGCAUUUGCUUGUGUCAGAGUAAUGGUUACCACGGUACAUCAUAAUAUAAGAAAAUUGGAUCCUGAAAUUCAUUUGGAUCAAAAAAUCAUGUUGAGUCAUCUAGCAGCAAUUCGUCAUAGUAGAUGGUUUGAAGAAAAUGCUCAUCAUUCGUCUAUUAAAGUUCUGAUUCGUUUAUUGAGAGACGUUCGGAAUCGAAAUGAAGGUUUUGAACCUUUGACACCUUGGAUGUUAGAUCUUUUAGCUCAUUUUGCUAUAAUGCACAAUCCAAGUAGGCAAGCUUUACCAUUAAAUGUUGCUUUCCGAAGGGUCUUCCAGCUUCUCGCUGCUGGUCUCUUCCUCCCAGGUUCAGCAGGUAUUACAGACCCGUGUGAAGGUGUUAGCCUUAGAAUACACACAGCAAUGACAUUAGAACAACAAGAUAUAUGUUGUUUAACAGCCCAAUCUGUAGUUAGAGUGUUAGCUCACGGAGGCUAUAAACAUAUCCUUGGUUUGGAAGGUAAUGCUAACAUAGCCCAAGAGUUGACAGUUUGGGAUGGAAUUGUAGUUUCUCCAUUAGACAAAGCUUAUGAAAAUCCACCAGAAAAGAAAGAUGGAGAUGAAGAUGAGGAUAUGGAGGCAGAUGGAGAUGAAAAUAUGGAAACUCAAGAUGCAUAGUUUAUUGAAUUAUUUGGUAAUUCAGUUAACAGGAAUCAAUCAAGUUGUGAAUUGAAAGUGCAAAACUUUACACUAAUUCACAGUCAAUUUCAGUUUAAAUAUAAUCUUUAUUUAUUAUAAGAUUUACUUUUUGUAAAAUUUCUAAUUGUACUUUUGAUAUUUGUUUAUGUAAAUGGUACAAAUAACUUGGACUGUCCUAUGAUUAAAAUACAAUAUAAAUUCGAAUUAAGUUGAAUGUAAUUUGAUGAAAUAUUUCUUUUAUAGUGCAAAAGAAUCACAAUGGAUUUUGUCGAAUAAUGUACUAAAUAACUGCACAACUUUGACAAAAAAAAAAUACAUAACAAAAGUUUUCUUUAAA